UGGAUAUUCGAAAUGUAAUGUUUUAUUAUCAGAAUCCCUUCGCUUUUCACCACAGUUGGUUCCAGGCUGUUGCGUCGCGCAGUCAACCUCCCUGCUUUCGAAUCCGUUUUCUUUCCGGACAGUCAUGGCCAGAUUCUCUCUCGCCUUCGGGCUGCUCGCGGUGGCAUUGAUGGCGUCUGUCGAGGCCAGGAGCCCCAUCCCCCCAGGAAUUAGACCGGGCUAUGACUGUCCCACCGUUAUCUGUCACGCCAUCUUCGACCCUGUUUGCGGCAGCGACGGGAACACGUACCCCAGUCCGUGCAGUCUGGAAGAGGCGAGGUGCUGGAAUCCGCGACUAAGACUCGUGAGGCCGGGAGAGUGCCGCUAGGACCCUCGGAAUAAAAGCUUGGUUCACGUUGAUUCCUCCACCAGUCUUCUCUAACACUCCCCCUUCCCCUUUAUCCCGCCCCCCAUUUUUCCUCCCAGCUAGACGUCAACGUUGCUGCGGCCUUCAGUGAUCACUACGCCACCGACCAAGGAAGAUGAUUAAUCAGGCGAAAAAAAAUGAUAUGCAUUUGUGUGAUAUGCAUUGCUAUGAGUAAUGUUGUUCCAAAUUAAACCAAUUGGAUUU